AUGAGACCAUUUCCUUAUAAGCAGACUUUAACAGACGUCAGAAAAGAGAAAUACAAUGUAAGACUUUGUCGAGCUAGAAGGGUCGUGGAAAAUGCGUUUGGUAUUUUGUCUCAAAAAUUGCGAAUAUUUUACAGGCCAUUAGAAACUAAAGUAGAUACUACUAUUCUAAUUGUACGUCAAAGAAUCAUACAGCUCGAGAUAACGUGCACAGACCAAACUGAAACGACACAGACUAAUCGACCAUUAAUGGAGGAUAGAUCAAACUUUUUAAGGCUGGAUAAUACAACUACUAGAAGACAAUGACUGAACUUCAAGAAUAGAUAAAGAUUUGUCAAGCAAGGGCCACGAUGUUUCUGGAACAGUUUCUGGUUUUUUCCACGUUUUUCAUCUACCAUACGACAGGUUCUGCCCUUCAUGGCGAAUGCUUCACGUCCGAGGACUGCGGAACCAUCGACACAUAUUGCAAGAAUAACACUUGCGCGUGCAAAGAUAACUUUGCUGUUUGGUACGACAGCUGCAUUCAGCGUGAGUAAAAAUUGUACCACUGUUUAUUUUUUCGAUGAUUUAACAUAAUGAGUUACCUAAGGGCCGUAUCGUUAUUCGUCCCUAGGCCUUUAUGGCCUCCUUGAUUGUCAUAGUAUUUUCUCUGUGGGGGGUAUUUCUAGAUUUCUACUUUCCGUGUCAACGUCAGCGCUCUCCUAUUGUGAGACUAGGUUUUCUUUUUGAGUUGCAGAAAAUUUCA